AUCCUCGGAUGUGGCGACUCAUGCUGAGAGCGGGAUAAAAGGCUUCAGUGCGCCUUAUCAACGCAUUUCUCUCUUAACAACCCUUGCGCAUAGCUUUGAACGGUGUUCUAGUCAUGGCUCCGCAGUACAAGUUCACUUAUUUUGAUUUUCGUGCUCUAGGAGAAUUCAUUCGCUUUCUCUUUAAGUACGGUGAUAUAGAUUUUGAAGACAACCGAUUGGAUCCAAACGAGUGGCCAAAGCUUAAGCCGUCUUUCGUUAAAGUCAUCUGGGAAGUAGACGAUGCAUCAAAGCCUGAGGAGAAAGAGAAAUUUUUAAAGGAGACUGUGCCAUUAUUCUUACCUCGAUUGGAAGCACAAGUAAAGACAAAUGGUGGAUAUUUUGUGGGUGGAAAGCUGAGCUGGGCUGAUAUUUAUCUCGCUGCGUACCACGAAACAUUCAAUCAUUUUUUUAAAGACAUGUUUUCACCUUAUCCUGCUCUACAAGGAGUUAUUGAUAAAGUGCAUGCCAUUCCCAGCAUUAAAGCUUAUGUCUCCAAACGGCCGAAGACUGACAUCUGAAGUCAAUGAGUGGUCAUUGUAGCACUAACAUUGGCAAAAAAAUCCCCAAAAUGCUAACACAAACGUGUGUACUGUAAGUAAAUCAUUAUAAUAGACCAAUAUUUGUUAAAUGAAAAUGGAGGGAGGUCACAGAUAAACGAUCUAUUUUUUUCAAAGGAUAUUAUGUCAAUGCGAACAUUCCUUUUGAUAACAUUUAUCAGAGUAGUUUUCUUUUGCUGAAAAUUAUAAUUAAUUUUGAUGAUGUAACUGCCAUGUAUAUUUUAAAAAGUCAGGAGUGUACAAUUUGUGAAUUAUAUUUCAGAAAGGAAAACCUAAUGAAAUUUUAUGCAUCACAAUCAUGUUUUUGUAAAACUUUUAGUGCUAAUAAAAUAUUUAUUGACUUUUAUA